AUGAUACUCGCGGUACAUUUGAGUUUGUGGCAUCCUGAUGAUGUCAAUUUGCAAUGGGAUAUUAUGCAUAACAAGAGAAACUCGGUUUUCCAUGUGCCUUCUUUGAUCCUUGGAGUUGGAAUAGCCGCCGGAUGUGGAGCAUUAUUGGUGUUUGCUGCACAAAACAGGUCUCAUGCCGUAGUAAGCAAGACAGGGAGACUGCCAAGAUUCAAGAUGAAGUAG